CCUGAACCAAGCUUGCAGGGACAGCGGACCAUACUGGCCUGGUAUGACAAAGUUUGUGAAUGCUCGACUCGGGGCAUCGCCCGGCACAAACCUUGGCCUGUCGCCACAAGGGCGCCCAGUUGAUCCCAAUGUCCGUCGGAUCUAUUUGCGUUUCGGGCCAGCGUCUUCUUGGCCCUGAGCAGGCAGUUCCCUUGGCCUCUUUGCCUUUUGCAAACAGUAUAUAGCUCGGCCGGCACGCUGCAUGCCAAGCUGUCCCAGGUGGCGGGGUUAGGACUUUGAGCAAUCCCAAACACCGCCUGAUCUGCCCAACGGCCCGGCCCACCCUCGUCUCUCCCAUCGCCGACUGCCAAGCUAGUUGGGGUGUCGACCUCCGCCAGCCUCCUACUUCAUUGUCAUCUCAAGCAUCGGGCAGCCAGCCUACUAAACAAGAGCCAGGCACGAGCCCUGACAGAUUUGCCCUUCCAUAUCAGCAGACGGCUUCGACCGGACCGGACCUUCCGAGUUUCUUCCUCGGCCCUGUGGUAGCUACUACGUCGGCCAGCAAACGGCGACCAUCAUGGCCGCACAGACAGCGGCAGCUGAGGGUACGACAGAGUUCCAAGCCAGCAGACUCGGCCCCUGUCUCUCGCCGCCCGAGCCCGAGAUGCAGCGAGGCCGGAGACGCGCUCGCAGCCCCAUGCACCUGUCAAUGGUGAACGGCCCCUCGGCGCAGCAGGCGCCAUCCCGCGAGUCUAGCACGCUGCGCGGACGGUGCCGCCAUCGAUCGACGUCGCUCCUGGGCGGCAUCGCGUCGCGCAACCCGUCGACCGCCUCGGCCGCCCUGCCGUCGGAGCGAUCGUCCUCGCGGGCGCCCACACAACGACAGCUCCUCCACGUGCCGCGUGCCCCGCCACCGCCACCGCCACCGCAGCCGCUGAUGCACCACCACAGAAGGCACCGGAGCCAGUGCCCCUCACGGUCGGGGUCGCGGUCGACCGACGGGAGUGACGGAACGCCUCACCGGCGGAGGCAGCGCACGCGGAGCAGGGCCCGCGUCCAUCGGCUGGAGGGUUCGUUUGGGGCGCUCGACCUCGCUCCGUCGCCCUUGCAUUUCCAGAUGGUCGUCCUGGCGGCUGAUCAACCGUCGGAUACGACGUCCGGCAACAGCGGGUCGGACUGACGACACCGGCGUCCUUCUCUUGUGGACGGCAAUUUUAUGGCGCUAGCGAGGGACGAGACGGGGGGGCAAUAGCACAGAAGCGAAGUCACCUGGCGCAACUGUAGCACGUGGCCCAUCCGGGUCCUGGGGACAACAGUGUUUAUAGCCUUAUCUCGCCUCCAUGAUUUGCUGUCGACUCGCAUGUGGUUCCACCAGCCUCCCCCACCUCCCCAGAGCAUCCGCAUCAGCAAAACGGAUGUGGAUCGGACGGCUUUCACGAGAUGGGCCUUCUGCCCGAGAGUGUGUCAUCCUUUGCCCGACUCGGAUCGUGGGAUGAACAACCUGAGGGGGGGCAGCAUCAGCAUAGCCGGCACUAGGCAGAUGCAAUCUACAAUGGAAUUGUAUGGGGCUAGGUAUUUUCGGUGAUAAAGUCCAACGUCAUUGGGCUCGGGCAUGUUUAUGUCGACGAGGCCUGCGUGGCCCGCAACGAAGUUGGGUCAAGUGACGAGGAAAAAAAAAGUUGCAGCCAAGACGAACAUCUUGUAAAUUAAAACGAAGACAAUGGGACCAAUCC